AUGGCCAGUAAAGGGAGGGUUCAUAAAGAGGACAGUAAGGGGAGGGUUGAUAAAGAGGACAGUAAAGGGAGGGUUGUUAAAGAGGACGGUAAAGGGAGGGUUGCUAAAGAGGACAGUAAAGGGAGGGUUGAUAAAGAGGACGGUAAAGGGAUGGUUGAUAAAGAGGACGGUAAAGGGAGGGUUGAUAAAGAGGACAGUAAAGGGAGGGUUGUUAAAGAGGACAGUAAAGGGAGUGUUGUUAAAGAGGACGGUAAAGGGAGGGUUGAUAAAGAGGACAGUAAAGGGAGGGUUCAUAAAGAGGACGGUAAAAGGAGGGUUGAUAAAGAGGACAGUAAAGGGAGGGUUGUUACAGAGGACAGUAAAGGGAGGGUUGUUAAAGAGGACUGUAAAGGGAGGGUUGCUAAAGAGGACAGUAAAGGGAGGGUUGAUAAAGAGGACAGUAAAGGGAGGGUUCAUAAAGAGGACGGUAAAAGGAGGGUUGAUAAAGAGGACAGUAAAGGGAGGGGUGAUAAAGAGGACGGUAAAGGGAGGACAGUAAAGGGAGGGUUGUUGCAGAGGACAGUAAAGGGAGUGUUGUUAAAGAGGACGGUAAAGGGAGGGUUGAUAAAGAGGACAGUAAAGGGAGGGGUGAUAAAGAGGACGGUAAAGGGAGGGUAG